ACGUCAGCGAUUUUCUUGAGCAAAACACCUCCUUUUUGUCUGUUGUAGCGGGAGUCUCGAAGAAAGAGAUGCCUAAGCACGAUUUCAUGUCGCCCAAGGCCAUCUCGAACAGGAUAAAGUCUAAGGGACUACAGAAGCUGCGCUGGUUCUGUCAGAUGUGCGAGAAGCAGUGUCGGGACGAGAAUGGGUUCAAGUGUCACAUGUCCUCCGAGGCCCACCAGAGACAGCUGCUUCUGGUCGCCGAAAACCCCGGUAGAUACGUGGCAUCUUUCUCACAGCAGUUCCUGCAAGAUUUCAUGAAGCUUCUCUCCCAUUCGUAUGGGACUAGGAGGGUCAAUGCUAACGAGGUGUAUCAGGAGUACAUCAAGGAUAAGAACCACUAUCACAUGAACGCCACACGUUGGACGACACUGACCGGCUUUGUCAUGUUCCUGGGAAAGACCGGUAUGUGUGAAGUUGAUCCCACACCAAAGGGAUGGUUUAUCAAGUACAUUGAUCGGAGCCCAGACGUCCUAGCUAGAGAACAAGCGGCGGCGAAGAAGAGUAAGAUGGACAGGGACGACGAGGAUAGAUGUCAAAAGAUGAUCAACGACCGGAUUGCCAGAGACCUGGCCACCAAAGGUAGCAAGCCAAUGAACUGCGUGACACAAUACUUACUUGAAUAUUCCCAGCCUCCUGAACCAGUGUACACUGAACUGCAAAGAAAAGAUGAAAGUGAAAAAGGUUACCUAAAUCUAUUGGCCGUGGUGCUCAAGUUGUUCAAGUCGUCAGCCUCUCCAUCUAAUAGUGCUGCUGCUACCAGCAGUUCCACUGUUGGUUAUGGUGUGAGGGAGGGAGAGGAGGAAAGAGGGAAGGAGGGAGAGGGGGAAGACAGUGGAAGCAAAGAGGGUCAGGAGGAGCAGAAAGAGAGGGAAGGAAGGGAGAGCAAGAGGAAAAUAAGUGAGGAGGAUAUGGAGGAAGGAAGGCAGGAGAACGAGGCAGGCAGAGAGGCUGGGGCAGUCAAGAUGACAGAGUCACUGAAUGGCAGUGAAACGGCCAAACCAAAGCAUCCACUCGAAAGAUCUCAGUCCUUCCAGAAUGUUCUGAAGAUGGCUGCCAGCUCGGCAACAGGGGUGGGGGAGAGAGGGAAGACUAAAAAGAAGGUGGCAGAGAAAGAGGACUCCCGGAAGAGAAAGUGGAGUGCCCUGGAUGAGAUCAGAGAGGGUAUAGUGGUGAAGGUGGUGCACAAGAAGUUGUACAGUCGUCAGAAGGGAGUGGUGGAGGGAGUUGAAAACCAGUUCACUGCUCUGGUGAGGAUCCUGGACACCGGGGACAAGGCCAAGUUUGACCAGGCUCAUCUGGAGACUGUCAUUCCCGCCAUAGGUAAGCCAGUGAUGGUGGUAAAUGGGGCAUAUCGCGGUCUCAGAGCCAUACUGGAAGGCCUCAACACUGCACAAUUCUGCGUGUCUGUCAGAAUUGAUCAGGGACCAGCACGCGGAAGACGUGUGGACAGAGUUCCAUAUGAAGACAUUUCUAAACUCUAUGUUGAGCCCUGACAUGUCGUUGUAUUUUUAACGGCUCCUACCCAACCUCCUGGGUGCAGUGGCAUUUUAUACAUUCCAUAAUAGUAUGGGAGUCCGAGACACAAUUGUAAUCCUGUUCCCAACGUGGUUCUUUUCGUCCACCAGUCCGCAAGAAGAGACGACUCGAUGCCUGAACGAGUAAAAGCUGCUUCCAUACAAUCCUCUACCCUUGCAGUUGAAGCAAGGCCCACGAACGUUGGCCUCCAUCUUGCAGCGGAACGGAAUACCUGAAAAUGAGUACGGAACAAUGACGAGUUUUCUAAAGCACAGAGUCUUGUUGGGCAACUCAUCAAUAUCUAUCAUUUCAGGGAAGAGCUUCAUUUUCUCCCAUUCUGAAAACAAGUAGGCUGAAGAUAGUGGGUGCUUAAUUAUGACAAAAUCGCCAGGAGCAACUCCUUCUCUGGCUAUGGCCUUGUGGAGAUUGUAGUAGGCAUUCAUUCUGAAGUAGAUGUGCACACCCUGAUCUGCAGUGUACAAGAACGCAGUUUUGUUGAACCAAUCCCCACACACCGCUGAUGGCUUUUUCUCAAUCUCUGCGACUCUGCCUAGUAACUUGCAGCUCUGGCUGUUUUUUUCAGAAACCAUAAGGAAUUUUGAUAGUGUUAGAUUCCGGCAAGACCUUCCAGCUCCGCCAGUAAGCAGUCCUACGUCCAACUGCUUGUAACCAAUUAUCCGUGGGCCAGGGAGAAACACGCUCUCAAGAAUACAGUACGUCAUUACUCUAGAUUGAGAGUUACGAUAGCAUUUUAUAUUAUGUUCUGGUUCCUGCUGCGAGCCGCACACACCAAUGGGUGUCUGGAAAGUGUUCUCAACAUAAGAGUCACAGAAAGUCCCUUUUUUCCAAGUAGCUCCUCCAGGGUCGAAAUACUGAGUAGGUACGUGUUCUCGAGGGAAAGGACGUGUCGUUUGUCGCCACCUGGACUCUGUAUGACUAGAGCUGGUGGUGACAACGUUGAUGGCGGUGACUGCCCGUACCCACCCACCGCAGCCCAGCACCGGUACCAGCCUACCCGAGGAUACGUACCAAUGUAGAUAGUAGGUGGCUUGUAGGACGGCCAGGACGCAGAUUACCGCCACUGCCCACUUCAACAAGGU